AGGACCACCUUACAAAAAAACCCCAAAACACUCUUCCCUUUCUCCUUCCUUCUUUUCCCCCUCUCCAUAUGAUUUUACCAUCGCUUUUCUAACUUAACAACGAACCCUAUCCCCCCCACCCUUCUCCACCGGGGAGGACAGGGCCCACCCACCCGCUCCCCAUUUUGAUCAUCAUCAUCUUCUUCUUCUUCUUCUUCUUCCUCCAUGAGGAAACUCUGUCCUAAUUUCGACAAAGAAAAUGGCCUCGAAACCGUUCUUGAAGUCCCCAUUCCUGAAGAAAUGUUCACCAACAUGGGCACCAACGCCGCUCUCCGUUGGCAAAAUCUCCGUGCCUUAAUGAAAGCUCAAUCCACCGCCGAUUCUCUCAACAAAUCUUCCUCUCAUCUCUCCGCUGCUUCCAAUAACGAAUUCAUGGCUCUUCUCAAACUCGUAGGAUCUCCAUUAAUCCCUUUCCAAGUCCAUCUCGACCUCACCUUCAAUUGCUCUUUGCGUGAUUAUUCCAUCGAGGCGUCGACGGCGAAGUAUAUUGUGCAGCAAUAUGUGGCGGCGACGGGAGGACAAGCGGCGUUGAACUCAGUGAAUAGUAUGUAUGCGGUUGGACAAGUGAAAAUGGUGGGAUCGGCGAUGCAACAAGGGGAAGAUAGUGUACAGGCGAGGGGGAAAUGUGAGGUUGGGGGAUUUGUGUUGUGGCAGAAGAAUCCAGACCUUUGGUACCUUGAGCUUGUGGUGUCUGGUUAUAAGGUUAGUGCCGGAAGCAACGGCAAGGUGGCUUGGAAUCAGUCUUCUUCGCAGCCUUGUCAUGCUAAUAAAGGUCCUCCCAGACCUCUCCGCCGCUUCUUUCAGGGAUUAGACCCACGGUACACAGCGAAUUUGUUCGAAGACGCCGUAUGCAUUGGAGAGAAAACCAUAAGCAAAGAAGACUGUUUCAUUCUAAAACUAGAGACGGCAGCAGAAUUGCUUAAAUCACAAAGCACGCCCCACGUCGAGAUCAUUCACCACACAAUUUGGGGUUACUUCAGCCAGAGAACCGGCCUCCUUGUCCAAUUUGAGGACACCAAGCUCGUCAGAAUGAAAGCUGGCAAGCGAAACGACAGUGUUUUUUGGGAGACCAGCAUUGCUUCCACCAUCGAGGAUUAUCGAUACGUCGACAACAUUAACAUUGCGCAUGGUGGUCGGACGACGGCCAGGCUGCAUCGGUACGGUGAAACGCUGAACCACCGGAGGAAAAUAGAGGAGAGUUGGAGAAUUGAAGAGGUUGAUUUUAAUAUUUGUGGUUUGUCGAUGGAUUGCUUCUUGCCUCCAGCGGAUAUGAAGAGGGAUCCAUCCGACGUCGGAGAACAAGAGGCGGGAGAGAGCUAACUAUUGUUAGAUUUAGUUCUUUUUCUUUUUUACACCUUAAACACGAUCAAAUUUCAAUAAUAUACAACACAUGUAAAUAUAGGAGGAUUUGACACUUUUUUCCCUUCACACCAAUGCUUCAAACUUUUUAAUACAAUACACCAUCAAGAUUUGUAGAUCCACAAA